AUGCGUAACUUGGCCUCCGUGGCGUUUGACGCGGCACUGCUGCUCGCGUUGGCCGCCUCCUGUUUGGGUCGGCUUCCGCCCGGAGUCCUUGCUAUAAACCGCCCCAACGCCAGCGCUACGCUUGGCUCGGAGGCUGCCACGCCGAAGAACACCGAAGUCGAGCAUGUUGAGGAAGCUGAAAUAGGACAAUCGCAAGGCGUCCACAACCUGGACGACGAGAUUAGGAACCACGAGAUGCUCGACUUGGGUCGGCAAGACGACUUCUUCCUGCCGAAAAACGGGGGCGGAUGCGAUGUGUUAUUGGACGAUGUGAUAUACGUGGCCCUCGAGCCGCGGGACAUACUAAAGACACAGCAAUUCGUAGGCAGCAUCACUCCCUCAGAAUUGCGUUUGUACAUCCCUGAUCGCAAAAAAGUCAACGGCGAAGCCAAGAAAUUGGGUAAGCUGUUUGCGCGCUUCUCGCUCGGGGCGAUUGUUACCCCGCUGGAGACCCUGCGAUCAUCACGCGACUGCUUUCGCAUGUUUUACAAGUCAGACCCGAUCCUUUUCUGCGCUCGUGACACCGGCCAUAGAGACUUCUGGAUGCACGCCUUGCUGAAGGCCAAGUUCUGCCACACAGCUCACACCGUACUGGGCAAGGGUUCCGCUCCUGAUGUAGCUGCGGGGCCCGCGGAGCUGCCCGAUCUCUCGACCAAGGCGCAGCGGUUGUACGAUCUGCUGCACCCUAAGAGCUCCACAGAAGAUGCGGCUAUAGCCGCCCACAGGGACAGCAAGAUUACCAACAUUGACAUCACCAACAUCAACUCCGGGGAGCCGCAGAUAUACCUGAACGGGGAGGAGGUGAAAUCGGAGGAACCGACGAAGGAGCAAGAGGCUUUGCUGAAGGAGCAGAGCGAACGAUCGCAGAACGACGGGCUCUAA